AUGAAUGUUAUAUGGUUUACUGAUUGCUGUGAUUAUAUGGGUAACAUGUACACUUUGAUUAGUGUACUGGAUGAACCACCAUUGAUUGUACUGAAUGGACCGAAGUAUUAUGAGACAUCGAAAAGCAACAGCACUAAAAGAAAAGCUGUUAAGAUAUUUGGAGUCAAACGUUCAACUCUUAAGAGGCGAAUAAAAGAAGCUCGACUAUCUUUAAAUGGAUUGAAUAAAUUGCAAUGUGUUCCAUAUAGUAACAGUUCUAUGAAAAUUUUUUCAGUAACAGAAGAACAAGAGCUGGUUCAAUAUUGUUUAGUUUCUGCAAAAAUGGGAUAUGGGUUAAGUCCUAUUAAACUAAGAGCACUAACAUUUGAAUAUGCUCUCAAACUUGAGAAGAAGUGUCCACAUUCUCGUCGAGGUUCUGCUAAACCUUGGGAAACAAAUAAACAUGCAGGUGUAGAUUGGUUUAGAGCUUUUUUAAGUCGUCAUCCAGAACUUGUUAUAAGAAAACCAGAGGCAACAUCAAUUGGUCGAAUGUCAGCAUUCAACAAGUAUAAUGUAAAUCUAUUUUAUAAUUAUCUGCAAAGUCUUUUGAUUAAAUACAAGUUUUCACCAAAUGAUAUAUGGAAUGUUGAUGAGACUGGUGUUACUACUGUACAAGUGCCAGAGCAUGUUUUAGCCAAGAGAGGAGAGAGGCAAGUUGCUUCUGUUACAAGUGCAGAACGAGGUAUCUUGGUAACAAUGUGCAAUGCAGUAAAUGCAAGUGGAUCCUCAAUAACACCAUUCUACAUAUUUCCACGUGUUCAUUUUAAAGAUUUUUUUCUGCGAAAUUCAAUUCCUGGUUCUGUUGGCACUGCCAACAAAUCUGGGUGGAUGGUGGAAUCAACCUUUAUGGAGUGGUUUAAUCAUUUUAUAAAAAGUGUUCGACCAUCUAAGACAAACCCUGUGCUGUUGAUACUAGAUAAUCAUGAGUCUCAUAUGUCAAUUAACUUCAUUGACUUAGCAUCAGAUAAUGAUGUAAUUGUUUUAACAAUCCCACCCCAUACAUCACACAAACUACAACCGUUAGAUAUAACAGUGUAUGGACCUUUCAAACGUCAUUAUAAACUGUUUCAAUCUAUGACAUUGCAGAAAUUUCUGGAAAGGCUUGGGCAAAAGUAUCAAUGCCAGUUAACAUCAUUAGUGGUUACAAAUAGACCCAAUCCUGAAACACUCAACAUCAAUCCAGUGUCAUUAGAAAUUAUUAGACCUAAUCCUGAAGCACUUAACAUCAACCCAGUUUCAGUUGAAAUUAAUAGACCUAAUCCUGAAGCACUCAAUAUCAAUCCAGUUUCAGUAGAAGUUAUUAGACCUAAUCCUGAAGCACUCAACAUCUAUCCAGUUUCAGAAGAAAUAAAUAGAAAUGUUAAAGUCAACAAAAAUGUUAGCAAUACCCUGAAUGUGGAAAGUAUACGCCCUUAUCCUUCUGCAAAAGCUCGUUUAAAAAAAACCAAAGGUGCUUGCAAAAAGCUCUCCUCUUCGAUUCUAACUGAUACUCCAAUUAAAGAGGCUCUUCGAAAUCAACAACUUCAGAAAUCAAGAAAGAAAUCAAGCAACUCAAAAACUCUAAAGUUUCCAUUAAUGACAUAUAAUAAUGAUGAGGCUGAUGAUAUUCUUGUUGAAAGAAAUGAUAAUGGUGUCAAAGAUAGUUUAAAUUUUUGUGGAGGUAUUACAUCAAAUUACGAUUUGUGUGCUAUAUGUGAAGAAAUGGGUCGUGACAACGAAGUAUGGUACCAUUGCAGACAGUGUGCGAGCUGGGCACAUAAAGCUUGCACAAGUGCAGAUAAUGCCAGCCAAUAUGUUUGUGAUUAUUGUAAUUUGAUUAUCUGA